UUAAGCAAAAUAUAUGAUUUGAAUUUGAAUUUACCAAAAUGGGAUUGUUUGAUGAAAAAUGUAGAACUUGCUUAUCAGAAAUUACAAUUUUCGACAACAACAUAACUCAAAACUAUCUUGAUUUAGUGAAUAAAUGUUUACCGAAUUUGUCUAAUGCCUUAAUUAUAAACGAUGUGAUAUGUUCAGAAUGCAGUAGGUGCUUGUCAGAUUUCGAAUUAUUUCUUAAAAAAGUUCAGGAAGUUGAUAACCAAAUCCCCAAAUAUGCUCCACCACUUGGCUUAUCCAUCACCCAAUACCUACAAGAUUUUACUGCUAAUCAAGAACCGCUCAGCCCAGAACUUACUCCACUAAGUUUAAAAAUGCAAGAAAAGGACAAUUAUAUAAUUACCAAAAAAAAAUUGAUGAAAGGAACUCCCAUAUUAACUAUUAGUGAUUUGAAUCAAAAUGAAAAUGAACAUAAAAAUGAAUUGAAAUCUGACCAUUGUUAUUAUAGGAAACCUAGAAUAAAAAUUGAUAGUAAUAUUACUUUUAAUUCCAACAUAUAUGUCAACAAAUUUGUCUCCAUGACAAUGGAGAAAGAUGAUAAAAUGUUUGAAGUUCUCAUGGGUAACUUUAAAGAAGAAGGCAUAUCAAUAAAUGAUCGCUCCACUUCCACAACAGGAAAGAAGCGUAUAAUCCUGAUUGCCACCAAUAGAUGCACAGCAAGCUACAAUUGUGAAAAAUGUGACCGACAAUUUUUAGUCAGAUACCAAUAUAAAAAUCAUAGGGAAAAAUGCAAAGGAACAAUCACCACUAAAUGUUACAUAUGUCAUCAAAAUUUAAAACAUAGAAAUUUACUAAAGCAACACAUCUUGGAGGUGCACCAUUAUUGCAUCAAGUGUCAGAAAACCUUCCCAGACACAGAACACAGUCAAAUGCAUAACAAUCUCAUCUGCACCAGACGUUAUAAAUGUUCAGUCUGUGAUAUGAAAUUCCAGAGUUCAGUUCAUUUGCGGAGACACAAGAAGGCCAAACACGAUGAAAUACCACCUUUGGAACCUCAAAGACUAUGCGAAAUUUGCGGCAAGGAGUUCGACAGCGUUAGCAAUCUAAGGGCGCACAAACAGAUCCAUGGUGAUCCAAUUAAAUGCAAAAUAUGCGAUCGCGUGCUUAAAAACGUGUUGACUCUAAAGCAGCACAUGAGGCUAAGCCACAGACAGAAAGGCGGCCCAAAAUCGCAAUGUGAGCAUUGCGGCAGGGUGUUCUGGCUGCCGAGCGAGCUAAAUAGACACGUCGCCCAGGUUCACAACGGCGAAGAACGUGAAAGGAAACAUGCUUGUCCGAUGUGCGACAAGAAGUUCUAUACAAAGGGAAGUGUUCGUCAACACGUCAAGUUUAAACAUAUCUCUGCACCCGUUGCGUCGUGUGAAAUUUGCCAGAAAGAUUUUCCGAAAAGAGCCUACUACGAAAAACACAUGGAAAAACACGUCCGCGACAACAAUGAACCACGUAAAUGUGAGAUCUGCGAUCGUGAGUUCGCUAGUAGAUUAGGUUUAAGCAAACACCUGACGACGCAUGGUUUUUCGUCUGGUAGGAAGAGAAGGUUCAAAUGUAGCGUUUGUAAUCUUGCGUUCCAGUUGAAAAUCAGUUUGAUAAGGCACGAGAAAAUGCACACUGAAACGUACAAGUACAGAUGUAACAUAUGUUACGUUAAAAGGUUUAAAACGGAGGAAGAAUUGAGGUUGCACGAGUCACAGCAUCGUGGCCCAAAGAAUUAUAAGUGUCAGAUUUGCGGAGAAGCGUUCUCUAGAACAUUUAUCCUCUCAAAUCAUAUGUUGAAUGUUCAUGACAUGGACGAUUUCUUGUUACAAAAGUCAGAAAUUUUAGCAAAAAUGAAACAGGUUAAGAAUGAACAAGAGGAAGAACGGGACCACCCAUUAGUAGUGGAGGAGGAUCAGCUAGUUGAUUAUCAGGAGGUUACUUCAAAAACUAAAAUUGGACAUGGCGGAACUGAUUUACCGACACUUAGGUUUAGAAAUGAAGAAGGUGUAAUUUACAAAUUGUUCUAAUUGUCUUACCGUUAUUAUAAAUUUAUCAAUUAAACUCUAUGUUUAAAUCUUGA